AUGUCGAAGAGGCCAGCAGAGCUCCCCCUGGAGCAAGACUCCGUCGCAUCACCAGCUUCCAAAAAGGCGCGCGUCAAGGACGAGAUCCCAGAUCGGUCCCGCAACAGCGCGACGCACGCGCAGCGACUCAGUGGGCGAGAACAGGAGCAAGACGAACGCAAUGGCUCUGACAUCCUCGCGGCAGCGGACAUAGAAGGAGAGGAGCUACAAGAAGGAGAACAGGAUGAGCAGGGAUCCUCGGAUAUCGAUGAAGAUGCGUCCGCUCUCAGCGCUCCCAAGCGACAAACCCAGCCGGUGGAAGGUUACGACGAUCUCUACCUCGAUACAGUGAACCGGGAUAUUCUGGAUUUCGACUUCGAAAAGCUGUGCUCUAUAAGCUUGUCCAACAUCAAUGUGUAUGCUUGUCUCGUAUGCGGCAAGUACUUCCAAGGUCGCGGCCCCAAAUCGCACGCCUACUUCCACGCCCUCGAGAUCGGACACCACGUUUUCAUCAACAUGGGAACGAAGAAGGUCUACGUCUUGCCCGAAGGAUAUGAAGUUAAAAACAAGAGCUUGGACGAUAUCAAAUAUGUCGUGGAUCCUUACUACAGCAAGGCCGAGGUCUCGAAACUGGACAAGGAAGUUCUUGAUGCCUUGGACCUGCAUGGGUCUCGGUACCGACCAGGAUUUGUCGGUAUGAACAACAUUAAAGCCAACGAUUACUUUAACGUCGUUGUUCAGCUUCUGGCGCAUGUUCAACCAAUCCGUAAUUUCUUCCUCCUACAAGAUUUCCCAACGCCAGGGACUCCGGAAAUCGUUCUUCGCUUCAGCACUUUGGUGCGCAAGCUGUGGAAUCCGAAGGCAUUCCGAUCGCAUGUCUCUCCACAUGAAUUGUUACAAGAGGUUGCGAUGAAAUCCUCAAAGCGAUUCACUCUCACAGACCAGUCAGACCCCGUGGAUUUCCUGUCUUGGUUCCUCAAUACUCUCCAUCUUUCCUUGGGAGGCUCUAAGAAACCUUCUCCGAAUCCCACUAGUGUCAUUCAUGCAGCAUUCCAAGGCCGAGUUCGCAUUGAAAGCCAGGACAUCACUGCACACUCCGAUACCCAGAAUGCACGUCUGGUUUUCACCGAGUCGGGCGAUAUCAACAGCAAAGUUACACCAUUCCUCGUUCUAACCCUUGACCUGCCACCCACACCACUCUUCCAAUCCGUCAACCGGGAAUCCAUUAUUCCACAAAUUCCCCUCACAACUCUUCUCAACAAAUACAACGGCCUCACAGCCUCCGAAAAGAUGGCCCAGCGUGUCCGCCACCGCCUCCUUCACCCUCUCCCGCCAUACCUUCUCUUCCACAUCAAACGCUUCAGCAAGAACCGUUUCGUCUCCGAGCGUAACCCUACCAUCGUCACUUUCCCCUCUCCACGCUCGCUGGACAUGUCUCCGUACGUCGAGCCCAAUCCCGAGAUCUGGCCUCCAGGCGAGCCCAUCAUGUACGACCUUGUCGCGAACAUCAUUCUUGACCCUAGCAUUGCCGCUCCGGGUGCCACGGAGGAUGCAGCCGAGAAGGGUGUCAAUGCUGCUUCUGGCUCUUCAUCAGGUGCUGGUGCGGGCAGUGAAAAGGUCUCCUGGCAUGUUCAGCUUCAUGACAAGGCUAUGGGGGCUGAGAACUCUCGCCUCCAUAACGGUACAGCAGAACACCAGCAACGUGGACCUGAAUGGCUCGAAGUUCAGGAUUUGUUUGUCAAACGUGCCGAGAGUGAGACACUGUUUACUCGUGAAGGAUACUUGAUGGUUUGGGAGCGAAGGAAGACUCCGGGAAAGAAGGGCAGAGGCCGAUCUUAA